AUGAUGCAGACACAGUCUAUGAUGCAGACACAGUCUAUGAUGCAGACACAGUCUAUGAUGCAGACGCAGUCUAUGAUCCAGACGCAGUCUCUGAUGCAGACGCAGUCUAUGAUCCAGACGCAGUCUAUGAUGCAGACACAGUCUAUGAUGCAGACACAGUCUAUGAUGCAGACGCAGUCUAUGAUGCAGACGCAGUCUAUGAUGCAGACGCAGUCUAUGAUGCAGACGCAGUCUAUGAUGCAGACACAGUCUAUGAUGCAGACGCAGUCUAUGAUGCAGACACAGUCUAUGAUGCAGACACAGUCUCUGAUGCAGACGCAGUCUCUGAUGCAGACACAGUCUAUGAUGCAGACACAGUCUCUGAUGCAGACGCAGUCUCUGAUGCAGACACAGUCUAUGAUGCAGACACAGUCUCUGAUGCAGACGCAGUCUCUGAUGCAGACACAGUCUAUGAUGCAGACACAGUCUCUGAUGCAGACGCAGUCUCUGAUGCAGACGCAGUCUAUGAUGCAGACACAGUCUAUGAUGCAGACACAGUCUAUGAUGCAGACGCAGUCUAUGAUGCAGACGCAGUCUAUGAUGCAGACAGUCUAUGAUGCAGACACAGUCUAUGAUGCAGACACAGUCUAUGAUGCAGACGCAGUCUAUGAUGCAGACACAGUCUAUGAUGCAGACACAGUCUAUGAUGCAGACACAGUCUAUGAUGCAGACGCAGUCUAUGAUGCAGACACAGUCUCUGAUGCAGACGCAGUCUAUGAUGCAGACAGUCUAUGA